AUGACUCUUCAUUCCGCAUUUGUUUUGACCAGUAAGCAGUUUGGCGUUUACUUGGUCCAGCUCUCUAGCGACUUAGCCAACACUGUGCGAGAGAAAUUAACGAAAGUUCAACUCGUGUUUAUCGAUGAAAUUUCUAUGGUAGGCAGUGCCAAGUUGAGCCAAAUUGACACAAGUCUCCGGCAAAUCAAAAGCCUAAAUAAUCUAGCUAACGACGCAUUGACCAAUAAAGAUCUCACAUUUAUAAAGAAACGAGAGGGAAAUCCUGAUGACGUUCUGGAAUACGCUAUCAGAUUGAACGGAACGAACAAAAAUAUAAGCAUGUAUAAUAAAAAGAAAAUUGAGAGUAACACUAAUGUUUUAAUUGUGUCAGAAGAUCAUAAUUCAGUUUCUAACAAUUCAGCCGAAUAUCUGAAGAAAUUUCUGCAAAAACUGUUGCAAACUAGAGCUAGUGAUGGUUUCAGAUUAGAAAAUAAAAUAAAUUUUAAGAUCAGCAUAAAAUAUAUGAUCAAUUACAACAUAGAUAUCGAUGAUGGACUUGAUGAAAAUGAUAAUGGACCAAUUUUUGAACAUCAUAUUUAUCAUGGCUCAGUAGAUGAAAACAUUGCUGUUUCUCCGCCUACAGCUAUUUUACAAGUUAACGCACAGGAUCCAGAUGCUGGACUCAAUGGUACUGUCCAAUACAUGAUCAAAAGUGGGAAUGAAGAUGGAAAAUUUAAAUUAGAUCCUUCUACAGGAAUUCUUUAUCCAGCAACGAGUUUAUUGAACCACACGGGUCAAUACAUUUUGAUUAUUGAAGCCAAAGAUUUAAAUGGCACAGGAGUAUACACUGCUUCUACAACAAUUUCGGUAUUUGUGGCUGGUAUAAAUAUUCAUAGACCUGUGUUUAUAAAUCCUCAGUUAGUAAACAGUACAGUGCAAAUACUGGAAAAUGCUGCUCUACCAGGUCAUGUGAUCAUGACUGUAAAAGCUGUCGAUUAUGAUUACGGUGACAAUGGUCGAGUGACAUAUCAUUUGAAGGUCAGCAACAACAAUGUCCAAGAAACAGAUCAUUUUAUAAUAGACAGUGUUACUGGAGAACUACGAAUAAAACAAUUUAUAGACCGUAAAAAGUCAUCUAUUUAUGAAUUGAUAUUAGUUGCCAAAGACCAAGCAAAUCAUCUAUCGCACGAGACGUUGAGAACUUUGACUGUUGUGAUUGUAGGCACUAAUAAAUACGAGCCAUCAUUUUUAGUCAAUUAUCAAUUUUAUUUGAAAGAAAAUUCUGAAAGAUAUACAAGAAUUGGAAAAGUACAAGCGAUAGAUCAAGAUGAUGAACCGCACGCUGUCAUAUAUUAUUAUAUCGUUUUGGGAAAUGGUAAUAACUCAUUCAAAAUUGACAAAAAAGAAGGCAUUUUAUAUACAAAUGCAGUCUUUGAUAGAGAAGAAAAAGAACUAUAUUCUUUGUAUAUACACGCAAGUAAUAAUGCUAAUCUCAAUAUUUCUGAAAGAAUGAGUCUUAUGAAAUCAGAUUCAGCAACUGAUAAAAGUUUGACAAAGGUUGAAAUAUAUAUUACCGAUGAAAAUGACAACCCGCCUGUGUUUAGUAAAUCUUUAUAUUAUGCAGGUAUAAACUCGUACGCUGUUCCUGGAGAUUCAGUUAUUUCGGUGAUUGCUACAGACCCUGAUCAAGGACUCAAUGGGACAUUGACUUACAGUUUAGAUGCCGUAAGACUCAAACGAACUAUUGCUAUGCCUUCUGAUGGCAAUCAGUCUCAAUUUAGUAGCACUAGUGCCAUUGGCGGAGCUCUAGUACCGCCGCCAUUUAUCAUAGCUGCAGACGGUAGAAUUUCGACAGCAGAGCAUAUGUUGGGGUACGACCAGGAACAUUUCUUGCUUGAAAUUUCUGCUCAAGAAGUAUCUGAGCCGAAUCGACGCGCAAAUGCAGUUGUGCAUGUCUGGGUAUACAACCCAGAGCAAUUAAUACGAGUGAUAUUUUCACAACCUGCUGAUGAGAUCUACGCCCGCCAAGAAGAAAUAUUAACGGAAUUGUCGAAUAUAACUGGAAGACUAGUCGUUGUUGAUGAUAUAAGAUAUCAUGUUGAUUCUAUUGGUAAUGUGCGCGAUAACUGGUCUGAUAUGUAUCUUCACAUUGUCGACCCGACGAGUCUACAAAUCGCACCAACCGGUGAUGUAUUACGGGAUAUAGAUGAGAAAUAUGAUCAACUGACCGACUAUUAUGCUGGUUAUGCCGUGGAAAACAUUGUUCCUGCAUUCAGAGAACGAUCUGAAAGAACUUUUGGCGCUGCGCUGGGUGCAGUAAUUGCAUUGACCGUGAUGCUUUUCAUCAGAGCUGUUGCUCUGUUGGUUGUUUGCUGCUCCUUAAAACAAUGGAAAUAUACAGCACCUGUAUACAGCUCAAAUGGAAUGGGAGAAUUGAUUGAAAAACAAAGCGUGGAAAGCAUCAACACUACAGAAAAUCCUUUGUGGAUGGAGCAGAAAUUGAAAUUGUAUGAAGAGCAAGAGUUAACAAUGCAAGUCUUUAGUGAUCCAGAAGUUCUUGCACCAGGAAAAGAAAUUGUUGAUGUAUUACAGAUUGACAAUACAUAUGCUACAAUAAAUCCACUGAUGAGGGGAACAUCAUUAAAUGUUUCAUUAGAUCUGAAUGAUGAUUAUGCAACAUUAAGCAGUAGCAUAUUUACCCCACACAGAGUGCUUCAAGAAUUUUCUGCUGAAAACUGAAUGACACUUUUCAUAUUUCAUUUAAUACUGUACUGCUAAUGAAUGCAUGCACU